ACGGUAUUGAAGACUUUGUGAAACAGCGGGGUGAACCCCACAGAAUCUAGGACAAGAGCAUCGACGAUCGAGAAUCCCAAGAUAAACACGACUUCCCAUAGCCUCCAGAGAUCCAGACCAGUACCUGACACCUAUUCCAUCAAACUACAUAGUAAAAAGCGACUCUAAACCCACCAAGAUGGCAACACAAGACGUUACCCUCCCCCAACACACCCCCAUUGGCGAAGCUCCCCGGUCCAUCGACGCCAUCGCCGCGCAGGAGAAAGCCUCCCAACUCCCUCGUUGGGAUGCCACUGUCGCCUUCCAACUCGGCUGCGCACUCCGCACGCGCCUGCUCACCUUCGACAAACCAACCGUGAUCCACAUUUCCACUGUCUCCACGCCAGCACAUGUUCUCUUCCACAGCGUGACCCAAUCUGGAACGGCGCUGGAUAACGAUUUUUGGGUUGCGCGGAAGCACAAGUCGGUGAUUCGAUGGGGCGCUAGCACAUGGAGGCUGCACAACCAGUUUGAGGGAGACGAGGAGAAGUUUGCGGCGAAGAUGGGACUGGGGGAGAAGGCCGGAGAAUAUGCGAUUCAUGGAGGUGGGGUACCGAUUUAUGUCAAGAAUUGCGAUGUGCCGGUUGCGGUUGUUGUUGUGAGUGGAUUGAAGCAGUGGGAUGAUCAUAUGGUUGUCAUCGAGGAGUUGGCGGGUAUUUGCAAGAGCCUGGGAGGAUCGGCUUGAGCGUGUUGCGGUUGGCUUUCGGGAGGUUCACUUGAGGGACAACAAGUUCCAGAGCCUGUCAUGUGCCUUGAAAUAUGCGUUCAUAGUGCUAUGAACCUCAGGAUUGACUAUUACGUGCAUUUAUCCUGACACGUGUGCGAAAGAGCUCAGUUCCAUGAAUUGAUACAGACGGGUCCCUGUCAAUAUUCGGUGAAAUCUCAAGUUCCAGGCAGGUGCUAUAGGAAUGCCAAACAGUCAC